AUGGUAAUUAAUUUGAAUUACAUGGCGAUUUUUCAGAAGCUGUUCGAUUUGGUCUACAUGGAUUAUGAAGGCCAGCGAACAUCUGAAUGGCUGUAUCAGCGCAUUGUCCUGGUUUUCGCCGUUGUCGGUUUCGUCGUGGGGUAUUAUUUCCAGAUGUUCUCCUAUACAGUGGGCUCCCUGGGCUUGGGCAGUGUGGUGGCGACACUGGUUUGCGGUCUACCAUGGCCUUGCUAUCGCAAGCAUCCACUCAAAUGGCAGCCAGUUUCCGAUAGUGCAGCCGCUGAUACAGUACCAGCGACUACGAGCUCUCAUGGCGAAGGCAAGAAACGCAAGAAUAAAUAG